AUGAUCAUCGAGGACGCAUCAUCCGCCUCUACAAGUCCCCCUUAUUCUCCGACCACCGAAGGUAGCGAAAUCUUCGUUGACUCGCCGAAGGUCCACACAGAUGGUUCCGACGAGAUCGCCCUCCACAAAGCGGAGCCGUCAUCUCAGGCAGUCCCAGAUAUCUCCGUUGAAGAAAUCGACGAAAAUACGCCUACGAUUCGACAAUCCCUUGAUGAUUUCGAACGAAGCUUUGCUCGUCCUUGGACGAGGAAAACGCUGCAACUGUGCAUGGUUCCAGAACCUGUUGCUCGUUUCAUUGAAACGCCUACUGUGUUGGCAUUCGCAUUGGCGACAGGAUAUUUCAUCUUUGUUGCGUCCUUGUAUUCGAUGAAGAAGAUUGUUGUCUGGUCUACAAGUUUGGCAUACCGCAUCUUCACCAACUCCGUCUCUUACAGCUUGAGCAUGUUCGGGUUCCUGCUAUCAGCUCUCGUCCUUUUUACGAUCCUUGCGACGAUCUUCAUCUCCAUUAAGGCCUGCAUCUUCGCCCCAUUCCACCUCCUCCAGUUCCUUUCCGGAGUAUCGACCUGGCACGAAGCGGCCGGCGAUAGCAGGCAAUUCCAAAAUGUUAAUGCCUGUUGGGAGCCAUAUCUCACUGAGUUCCAGCGGCACCUCGAAGAUCAAGGAAUCAACAUCCAAAGUAUGAUCCAGCAACUCCGAUCGUAUUACCAAGCCUUUCAACUAAUGUUCUCUGGAUACUCGCAAGUGAUGCAGGGCAGGAACUUUGACGAGCAGGGGAGACAAUGGGCCAAGUUUGCAUGGAAGAAGACUCUCAGGCUUGGGUUCUUCACUUGGGUCUCUCUCAAGUGGAUGGGGUGGGUCUCGGUGAUGGUGUUCUAUGGCUCAGCAUGGCUUUUCAGAAUGCUCCGGGGACAGCGUAGAGCUGGGCGAGGGGUGCGCGGGUAG